GAUUUACUGAUGUCAUUCUGUUAACUCGUGCUGUCAGUAGGAGCUGUGGAGUGUUGUACCGGUCUUUAUGUUUAUGUUUCUGUCUUCCUGUAAUAUCACGGAAGUGUUCAGUGAUGGAAGAUCAGACCUACGGAGUAAAACUGUAUGUUUAUGAUCUGUCUAAAGGAAUGGCUCGUCAGCUCAGUCCUGUGCUGUUAGGAAAACAACUUGAAGGAGUGUGGCACACAGCUAUAGUAAUCUAUGGAGAGGAAUUCUUCUUUGGGGGCGAGGGCAUUACAAGCUGCCUACCAGGUGGCACACUGCUGGGAGAGCCGAAUGCCAUGGUGGAUCUAGGAAACACAGAAGUGUCAAAGGAUAUAUUUACAGAAUACCUCUCAUCUCUUGGAGAGUCCAGCUAUAGACCAGAAACAUACCAGCUUUUUGAACACAACUGCAACACUUUCAGUAAUGAGCUGGCUCAGUUUUUAACUGGAAGAAAAAUACCAUCGUACAUUACUGACCUGCCGUCUGAAGUACUUUCCACGCCUUUUGGACAAGCAUUGCGCCCCUUGAUUGAUUCCAUUGCCAUCACACCACCUGGCAACAAUACCUCCAAUGGACCUUAUGGACAGAGGUAGACUGUGCUGUAUAGAGGAAUUCUGUGGUAAUGGAACAGUUUGGGUAAAAACAAAAUGUACACCAUUUUCAGCUUACUUUAAAUGUUGACAAUCAGCCAAGGCGUAUUUGAUGCCUUUUAAUGUUUGUAUUGAAGCUAUGAGUGUGUUGUAGCUAACAAGUAAGGGGAAUGUAAAGAUUUCAGAUUGUGAUUGUGUUUUAAAUCACAAUUUAGAUUUUUCCCAAUAAAUACAGUAAAUGCAACAAUACCUAUAAGGAAAGAGUAUAAAUUAUUAAAUUGAUUAUAAAAAUCUCUUAUUUAAAGUUAGUGUUGUGUGACUUGAGUUCAGCCUGUAGAAGAAUAGCCUGAAAGCUACAUAACUUGUCAUCAGGUCAGGCCAAAAUAAUGUAAAUAUGGACCAAAAGCUUGUUGCAGCUUGGAGGUUUUUUUUUUACAACAUUUUAGAAUUUGUGCUUACUCAGUCAAAAGUGUAGCUAAUUAAAGUUCCAGUUCAACUCAAAAGGUGUUUACUGGGGUUAAGCUCAGGGCUCUGUGCAGACGACUGGAGUUCCUCUGUACCAAACUCAUUAAACUAUGUCUGUAUGGAGCUCACUUUUGCACAGAGCCACAGCUGUACUUGAUUAGGAAUGGUGCCUUCCCCAAAAUGUUGCCCUGAAGUUAAACGCAUAGAAUUUAUUAUGUAUAAUUGAUUUUAUAUGCCUGUUAGCAAUAGAUUUGUAGCUCUCAGUAGCAAAUCAAAGUAAGAUUAUUUAGUUAAGUCUUUUUCAGAUUACUUGAUGUGAGUUGUAGGUGUCAUGAAUUCAGCAGCCACUUUGCAUUAUGCAAAACUGCUGGCUACACUUUUUACUUACUUGUUUGCUUCCAUAUACUUGACAUGUAACAUUACUUGGCUGAUCAUCUACUUGGAGAGUGGGGAAAACUGUAAAUUAUUUUGAGUAAACUCCUGCUUUAAACAUUCACUUACUAAAUAUGUUCCUAGUCUUUUAGACAUACAGAUAUAUUGUGUUAAUAAAACUUAUUUAUAAUAAAAAAAAAACUUGCUCAAAGCUUUACUCAAACUGAAAAUAUUUUUGCUGUAAUAAACUGACUGCCUUAGGUCAAGAUUAGGUUUCAAUAUUCCAUUAGAAAAAUAUUAAUUGAAUGUAUAUUUACUUGUAAGGUCGCUCAGGAAUACUGGAAUAAGAAAGUGGUCUUAUGCCCACCGCACAGUAGCCUAUGGUAUGGCAAGUUUUAAAACUGUCAAGUGACCCACACCAGGGACCAAGUGUACAGAAGCAGGCUGUAUGUGUGGAGUGAAAAACAGUGCAAACCGUUGGUCAAACAGAAUUGGCAUCUGUGUAUUGUGAGUAACACCAUACAAGCACCAUAUUUAAGCCCAAAACAAUGUCGUGAAAAACAUAAAAACACAAAAAAAGUCUCCAGAAAAUCAAACACCACAACAAUCACAAUAAGGCAAAAUAAAAAAUAGUCCUGUUGUUUUUUAUUUUUCAUUUCAUUUGUCUUAACAUCGCUUUAUCCCAUGUCAGGGUUGCAAUGGUUUCGGUUCCCCAGGAUCUCUGGGCGCAAUGCAGUAACACACCCCAAACAAGAAAUCAACCCAUAUGUCUACAUGUAGACACCCGACCGAUCAAUAUCACUGCUCGGGAUUCGAACACUGGAUUGCAACAUUAGUGGGCUAGUGAUAGCUCAGUGGUUAAGGUACUGGACUAGUAAUCAGAAGAUUGCUGGUUCAAGCCCCACCACCACCAAGUUGCCACUGUUCUUAACCCCUAAUUGCUCAAAAUCAUGUUCAGACAUAAUUGUAAGUCGCUUCGGAUAAAGGCGUCUGCUAAAUGCCGUAAAUGUAGAUGUAAAUGGGCUAGUGUCAUUAAAAUUGUUAACAUUACUGUGGUGUAUUUGCUCUCAGUGUCUGGUGAAGAAUGUGAUGGUAACAUUAGCAAGACAUAAAUAGCAUUAGCAAAAACAGGAUGAUUUUCAUUUUGUCAAUGGAAUUAACAUAUAAAAAAAAACAUGCCGUACCAUAGGGUGCAGGGCAGUGGAACAUUUGGGAGGAAAUUUGCAUCAAACUGCAUGUCUUAAAGUUUCUUUAGUCAUUAUUUAAUUCACAUUUUUGUGUGUGAUAUAAAUAUCAUAUGGCAUAUGUUCUAAAGGGUUAUUCUCAAUGACUUGUAUAAUGUUUACUUAUUUUACUUGUUACUUAUUUACUUAUUUUACUGUCUAAAGACAAUGAUUAAAAAAAUACAUACAUAUUUAUAGAUAUGUCUAAGCUCUUCAUGGCAUUUAUAAUAAACCUUCAUAAAGUAA